AUGGUUUAUGUUAAAAAUAGUAUAACUUUUCCGCCAACUAUGAGCCUCUUAGACCCCCGUGAGGAAGAAAAGGAUGUUUUGAAAUCGAUAUAUGAAGGAGAUGAGUUUUCGGUUUCCGACGAUUUCGUGAUUCAAUAUAAGUUCGGUGUCGAUGGAACUACUAAAUCAUUCAUACUGUCCAUAGUUUGGCCAAUUGGGUACCCGGAUAAACAACCUGUUUUAUCAUUGGAUUCAUUUUACAACAAUCAUUUAUCAUCGUCCCUUAAGGAUAAAAUAAUCAGCGACCUUUCCGUGCUAUCUAACUCUCUCCUUGGGACUGCUUUGACGUUUACUCUGAUUGAGCACACUAGAGAGAAUUUAGAUUCAUACUUUGAAAUGAACGAUUCCCUUAUAGAGACUAUAGAAGAUGUUAAGGAAACAAGCGCCAGGAAAGGAACCAAGACUUUGAAAGCCGAACAUAUGUCCAAAAGUCAGAAAAAAAGAUAUUACAAUCGGCUUGGUAAAAGCGGAAAAUUAGAACGAGGUUGGAAUUGGGUUAACAUUAUACAUCACUUGAGUCAACUUGGAUCACAAUGA